GAACUUCUCAGACUUGCAUGCCGGGAUUGCUAAAAAAUGACGACGGCGUUUUUGGUGCUAUUACUGGCCCAUCACCUCAAGACCUCAAAUGCAACAGAGUAAGAGCUAAAUCACUUCUUUGAGGCUAAGAAUGAAAGCGCGACGUCUGACCUUCGUGCAUCAUCCCGA